AAAAUCCAAGGGCUGAUCUAUGCAGUUUUUACUUAAAGUCUACUCUUUAAAAGUGUAGCCUCACUGUGCUGGCAUUCCAUGACUGGAGCAGCUCAGAGGAAUUUGUCUCAUUCCAGUACGGAGUUCCAUGACCCGGCUGCUGCUCGUGGCCCAGCCUCUGAUUGAAGAUCUGGGCCAGACUUGUUGCUUUAAUCUUCCUGAAACCUGGUUCACUCAGGUUUUGAACGCUCCCUGACAUAGCUGAAUCUGUGCAGAUUUUUCUAAACCAGACACUGUUCAGAUGCAUCUCAACAACCAAGCCCGGCUCCCCCGAGAGCCGCCUAGCACACAGUACCGUCAGGCCGCGCCUGGCCUGCUGGCCCCGGCAGGUCCGCACCACAGCGAGGGGCCGCGGCACGCCGUGCCCUCUGCGGGCAGCAGCCUGAGAGCACCCGCUGCGGGCGGCUGGGCCACGCGGAACGCUGCAGUUGACCCUGGCGACGGGCGGGGCGACUUCCGCGGAGCCCGGCGCGGCUUCCGGGAGAGGCGGGAGCAGCGAAUCCAGGUGCGGCGCUCGGUUCCCCGCUCCGCGCCCUCGGCCGCCGCCAUGGCCCGCAAGAAGCUGCACCGGCCUAUCGCCGCCAUGGCCAGGAAGAUCCGCGAGUACCGGGCGCUGAAGGAUCGGCCGCGGGACUCUCAGCGCUUCGCCGUGGACUACGAGACCAUGCGGCGGCCGCUGACGCAGAAACGGCUGCCCGUGCGGGCCUGGGAGGACGUGCGGAACGAGAACCGACUGUUGGCGCUGCUCUGCCGCCUGCCGCGCUUCGGCGUGGGCCGCACCGUCACCCGCAAGUCCUGGCUGUGGGCGCACCGCGAGCCCUGCUACUGGGUCAUCACCAAGGUGAAGGCGGACUACACGGCCGAGAACAUGGACCAUGGAAGAGCUUGGGGCUACCUGACCUUCAAAGGCAAAACUGAAGGGGAAGUGAGGGAGAUUGACAAAGCAAUGUACCAUGACUGGCGUAUAGUGCCCAAACACGAGGAGGAAGCCUUCAAGAAAUUCAUCCCAGUGCCUGAAGUGACUGUUCGGUUCCUGCCAUACCCACCACUGCUCCGAGCCAUGAUCCUUGCACAGUGGCAGAAGGAGGGAAAACCAAUCGUGGAAGAGCCAAUUAUUGAUCUGGAGAAGGUCCUGGCCUCUCCCCAAGAGUGGGCAAAGAAAAAAGCUACUGGGACACCGGUAUAGAGACUUCUUCAGUGUCCUAAGCAUCCCACAUGCUCUCACUACCUGUUAGAAGCUCAGUGCACAAAGGGUCUUACAGAGCCUCUCUGUGCUCAUUGUCCUAGGAUGUUUCCAGCUUUCUCCUCAGCCCUGUACAGUAACUCAUCUGAAAGGGAAGAUGCAGAUAUAUUCAGACUCUUCUCCCAUAACUUUGGUUAUAGUGAGCAGAGAAGUCUUCUUGGUUCCCUGGAUAGUCUCUAAAUACACAGCUUCAGCUGCAACUUCAGCCAGCUGCAGUUCUUUGGAGCAUAACAUUUUUUAUAUAACUUGGGUCCUGCAUGAAUCACAGAAAAAUGACUGUAAAUAUCACAGUAUUUCACAGAGCUGUGAAAAAAUGUAUCUUCAAAUGGAAAUAAAUGUUAAUUCUGCA